AUGAUGGAUAUUCCUUAUCUGACAUAUCAGCACUACGAUGACUAUUACGACGAAAAGCCCAAUGAGGUUAACCUUCCAAUACAGCUAUACUUUGUUCCAAUGCAAAGACUAGCAUCCUCUGUUGAUUUGCGCAUGUGGUUGACACCUAUCAAACAUCAAGCCGAUGGAAACACCUGCUGUGCUAAUGCGUUUGCAACUAUUUGUGAAUAUAUGAUCAGACGUAUGACCAAUCGGCCGUAUACCAUGAGUUCGACUAAUCUAUCUCGCUUGUUUAUUUACUAUAACGGACAGAGGCAAUUUCAACAUGGAUACCAUAUGAAAGAUAUUGGUGUUGAUCAACGAAGCGUUGCUCUAGGUAUAAGGAAAUAUGGUAUAUGUGAAGAAGAAUAUUGGCCGUAUGACUUAAGUCUAUUGAAUAUCAAGCCAUCGUCUACAGCAUAUCAUCGAGCUAAAAAACAUGCGGUUACUCUUCUAUGCGUGCCGAUUACGAUUGAAGCAAUUGAAACAUGUCUUCAUCAUCAGAUACUCGUACCGAUUGAUAUUAUCAUGGAUGAGGAAACAGAUCGAAUAAUCGAAAGUAAUUAUGGUUAUUUGAAUAUGCAAGAGCUCAGUAGUAAUAAAUACGCGGAUAAAAAUAAGUUACAUACAAUGGUUAUUGUCGGUUAUGAUCGCACAUAUCGACAUUUUAUCGUGCAAAACUCAUAUGGAAAACAUUGGGGUUAUCACGGAUAUUUCUAUUUACCGUACGAUUACAUUUCUAGUGGCCGUCGUAUAAAUUAUAACGAUCAAAUAUGGACUGUGAUGAAUAUGGAACGACUUCAUUCAUCUAAAUUACCUCCUGUGCAUCAGCUAAUCCUUCCUCGCCACGGAUAUAAAGAAGCAUUGUUAUGGACUGAUUAUACCUUCGACACUUACACUUUUUUUCAAUGA